GUGCGUCUGUCCCUAGAGGUGUUCGGUUGACAAAGAGAAAUAGUGACGUUUAUGGUUUUGUGAUUUUUUUGCAUGUAAUUAAAACAUCUCUACUGUUAUAUUUGGUUGGAGUUUAACGGAUCAACGUACUCGUACAAAUUCUAAACGAGAUUGCCGCCCACACACAGAUGAGGGUCGUCACGUAGGCUCAGCAUGCUAUUGGCCACGCUGCUCUUCAUCAAUGGAGCCAGGUUUGUUGGAUCGAUGCCCUCUGCCGGAACUCCGGAGAAUAUCACCGUCAUGUUCCUGAGUCCCACGGCAGUCAAGGUGUCCUGGACCACCUCCAUAGAGCACGUCGAGAAGUAUGACGUCACCUACAAACCCACGGACGCCAGUUACAGGGUAGUGGCGGUGGUGGCAGGUAACUCUGACUCGGUUACUCUCUCGGGUCUGCUGGCCGACACCCAGUAUCAGAUCACCGUCACCGCAGUCAGGGACGGCAAGAAGUUCAAGAGCAGACCCAUCGUCUUCAGGACUCUAGAACCCCCCAGGACAAACGAGGUGCAGAUGACACCCCCCGGGGUGAGAAGCGGGGGACAGCGUGGAGUGCCCCCUCUCACAAACAUGCCCCCCACAUAUAUACAGGUGCGGGGGGUGGAGGUGGCGAUAGUGGUGCUGGUUCUGAUGGUGUGGGUAGCGGCCAUUAUCCUCUUCUUCAACCGCUGGGGCAAGAUAAGGAUGCUGCUGCCCUACCAGCCUGACUACAAGGACACCCAACUCAAGGUGCCAGGGACUGGCGCCUGUUCGGGGAACAACGCCUGCCAGAGUCAGACGGCCGGGACGUUCUGUUGCUCCCAGAUAUGUUCGUGCAAGUAUUGCAGCAAAAGAAAAUUCUGUGGGAGUAAGAGGCACCUCCACCACUGCGAACUGGAGGAGGGGGUGGGUACCAGCUGGAGGUCGCGGCUGUCACGAUCGCGCAUCAACUCGGCCGUCUAUAUUGCGCAGUCGUCCACCGAAUGUGACCCACUAAUGCCGCCAGACUGCGCUGUGAGCCUGCGCCGUGCUAAGAGCGCAGGGAACCUGCGCGAUCAGCAGCUACCUUCUCACGACGCAGAGUUUCACCGACAAGACUCCGACCCCUCGCCGCCAGGCCACCACUUCGAACUGCCCGUCCUGUCCGUGUCAGUCGCGACCGAGAAGCCUUUUGUCGAACAGCAUCUCUAGACUGUCAAUGACCUCAGUACCAUUUUUUUCGUGUGAACUAUGACUUUUACUAUGUAAGAUUUAGCUAAUUACCAUAAGUGUCUGAUUUCGUAAUGGCAACCAGGUAACCUUUCUCUAGAAAUUCUUUUUUCUACUCCAUUUUUUAAAUAUUAAUAUUAUAAUGUUAAAAAACAUACAUACUGUUAAGACAUAUCGAAAUGAAUUUUUUGAAGAGGAAUAAUAAUGUUUCAUUCCAAAUUUUUAAAGUACUUAUUCAGUUGUAAAAUACGUUAAGGUUUUUUAAUCUUUGUGCAUACUUAUUACCUCCGACUCCUUAGCCUGUCAGGGUUGGUUCACAUUUUUCAAAAUUAAAAGUUAGCAACCCUCUCAGGAGUAGUUUUUGUAACAGUUGUAUUAUUACCUUAUAAAUAAUAUUGUAUAAUUUGCUAAAUUUGAAAUACGUCCUGAAGUUAAUGAAUAUUGCAGUUUUUUUACUUCUGUAAAUUAUAUUUUAUUACCGGAUACAGAACUUACUGCUAUAUACAAUUUUGUUCCUGAAUUAAUUGUAAGAAAUUAGUUUCCCCAUCGCUUUCCCUUUUGAUGUUUCUUCUUAUUUUGAUUUUUUUCUUUGCCAUUAACCUGAUACAAUGUGCUAUCAAAUAUUUAAAUCAGCAGAUAGUUUAAUUCAUGUCACUAAAUUGUAUAUAUAUUAAGUUGCUGUGGAUAAAGAAUAAAUGUAUGCUUUAUCCAAUAGCAAAUUGAAAAUCAUAAUUUAGGAAGAAAAACAAUAUGUUAGCUUCAUAACUACUUUUAUACAGUGCCUCUCCAUGGAAGAUUACAGUUGACUUUGUGAGAUGUGCACUUUUAUCAGAAAGCUAUGUACACAGUUUUUAUUAAUUUUUUAAAUGAUCUUACUAUAAGAUUGAAGGUUUUGGAGAUUAUAAAUAAUUACUGAAAAUUGUUCUACUUCCCAUACUCUUCUAUUCACAACAUUUUAAUUUUAACUUUAAAAAUGUUCAAGGAAAAACAUUACGAUUAAUACCAAGUCCUUCAAUAUAUCUAAGACUUUAUCUGGCUUAGCAUAAAUUAAUAUUUUGUAUGAAUUUUUGAAUUGUAUUUUUUAUGAGUGAUACUUGAAAAUUCCGUAAUACUAUAUGACUAUGAAUAAAAUGUUUAGCACAUUGAAUACCUUUAAAAUCUUGAUCUGCUUAACAAUGUUACAUUUUAUUAUUUCAAUGAAUGAGUUUAGAUUUUAAUAUUUGCAGCUGUAAAUCUAACAUUGACAACUCAAAAGAAAAUAACAAUUCAAGACUUUUACAUUGAUUUCCAAACUUCAAACUAAGAGGCAUUUGCAUAUUGCCUUUGUGCUGAUUGUAAAAAAAAAUAUGACUGUUGCUAAUAUUGCUGUAACUAUAAACAAGGCAGUAUUGAAUAACAUAAGUAAGAGUCAUCUAUGUUUUGUUUGUGGCCAAGUUAAUUUCAGCACCGUAAACAUAACGUGAACCCCCAAAUAAUUUUACACCAUUAUUUUAGAUCAUUAUUAUUAUGAGAAAUUAAAUGUCCCAUUUUAAACAGAUAAUUAAUAAACUUCUAAAUUCGUUUAGGUCUUUCGACUUUAAUAAUUGAUGGUUAUUAAAAAUUAAUCUCAAACUUUUUAACUUCAUAGUUUAAAUAUUAAAAUUGACAGUAUUUGUAAAAAUCAACAAUUUUUGGAUGUGCAUUGAUAAUAUUUUUCAAAAGAGACACCUCCAUGGUAUUCUCCACAAUGAGACAUAACUCGCAACGGUAAAUAAAGGUAUAAAUAUUUUUAAGUUUACAUUGUUACUAUGGAAGAAAAUCAAAACUGUUUCACUACAUAGUGUUUCUGACAUAGUACCAGAACAUAACACAACAACACAGUACAAAACACAAUACCUCUCUCUGGGGGGAGGAAAAAGAAUCCUAUUUUGAUUUUUUUUAAUAACAAUCACUUUUUAAGUAUUGAAGAUUAAAAAUGUAAACAGCAUAACUUAUUUGUAAAUUUGGAUGCUGAAGUCUGUGGCCGUAAUUCUGUCUCUAAUUCUAAGUCAAUAACAGGUAUCAUGACGUCUGCUUUCUGUUGACCAGUGACGUAACUAGCACUUCGCUUUGGGGGAGGGAUGAAUCUGGUUCAAAGGCAAACCACAUCGGGGAGAAUGGGAUAAAUUUAAAUAAAAAAUAAAUUGUGUUUAAAAACAAGUUGGAUUGUUAUAUGUGUAUUAAUAAAAUGUAUAGGGCUUUUUGGAGGGAACUGCCCCCUCCCUCCCUCUAGUUACGCUACUGCUGUUAGUAAAAUCAAGUGGGCAGAGGGGGAGGGAUCACUUCUUGUAAAGUAACCGUCUAAUCAGCUUAAAAAUGUGUAUUAUUUUCUUUAAUAAACAUUCACCAUCUCGUCUUAUCACAGAUAAAUAAACAAAUAAAAAUGGUAUAAAAUACAUGACUAACAUUUUUUUAUAUUAUGUGAUUUUUAAACCAUCGUUUCUGAAAAACUCUCAGACACAUUACAAAAAUAUAUAACCUAAAUAGUAAAGGAGGCAUUCGUUAUUAGAAAACAACUGGCUUGAAACACAGAAAUUUCCUUGAGGGUUCACUUCUGGCUGGUUUAUACCUUCCAGUUGAACCUACACUGGGUACAACAAAAACUGAUGUGUCAUUUAAAUCUGGGCAAAUUUCUAGGUGCCCAGGAGUGGCACAUCACUAACCGCAAAUUUUCAAAUAUGGGGGCGCAAGGGUAGAUCGAUAGGUCUAGUCUACUGCGGGAGAUGGAGUCAGUGUGGCUCCCUAAGUUUUAAGAGUUGUUGCUAGCCAAAACAUAAGGGUAUGCAACUCCCUUUGCUUAUUUUGCCAGAGAGGCUGCUACAGAGCUGGUUUCCCCUUCUUCCAAAGAGACAUGACUGAGAUAAAUGUCCAAAAUCCUUCCUCAUGGAUCUUGACAGGAGGCAGCCUCUCCCCCCAACCUUACACAUGAAGAAUAUCCUGUCACUUCGGAAGCAGAGCAAAGAUCCUUUAAGGACUAAUUGCAAUUUCUCAGCUUCUUGUCAUAGGAGAGUAGAAACAAAACACAGACAAGAAUUGCAACUUCCCCUUUAGUCAAUUGCCAAUUAAAAAACUCCUGAAUGGCCUUCCAGUCUCAAUAAAAAGUUUCGGAACAAAUUACUCUAAAAUAUUUAGCGGAGUAUAUAAAUACAAACAGUGUUAAACCUCAAAACACUUCUACGCCUUUAUUAUUUAGUCGUAGAGAUAUCCCAAUAAAAUUAUAUAAGCAUCUAAAUUUGUUUAAUUUUUCUCAAUAUUAGUUUAAAACAAAUAUUAUUUGUUUUAACUUAAUCGGUUAAAUGCUGCAAAAUAAUACACUUUAUAAGAAACACUGGAAAGGGUUUGGUUGCUUAUUAGUUUGAGGUUUAACACUUUUUAUAGGGUAAAACUCAAGUCAUUUCACUACAGCUGGUUCUUUCUUCACAACUGGGAAAGCAAUUAAUUAACUAUCUUAAUAUCUUCAAGAUAGUUAAUUUCACAAGAUAACCGAAUCAAGCAAUGUAGAGCGUGGCUACUGCUUGGAUGGAAGACCACAGAGCAAUCCUGUCCUUGCAAGCAGCCCGCCUGCCCGGCUGUUAGUGGUGGUUCAGAAGUCAGCUUUAAGCUGUUGAUUCCCAGGUUUAAGUGUUAGAGAUGAUUUCUUAGCCCUAACUUCACCUGAUGAAAUACAUUCAUUCAUUACAGGUGUUUUACUUACAUUACAGAAAUUCUUCACUUUAUCCUCAUUAAUUAUCUUGAAAAUUUAAUUGUUUAUCUUAAAACCGUUUACAACUAUUACAUUACAAAAUGUAUUGAUCAUUUCUAUUUUCACACCCUUGUGUACUUUCAACAUCUUGAUAUCCCAAUCUGCUGAUUGGACAUCGGAAUAAAUCAUGAAUAUGGCAACAACAGAAUUUAUCUCCAACCAAUACCACCUAAACCUUUAGUCACAUUUGACCUCUAUAAAAUGAGUAGCCUAUGUAUAUUAUUGGUGUUGUAAAUAAACGAUAAGGACCAAAUGGACAUUGUUCCGUACUUAAUAAUAGCUGGUAACUUUGUCUACUUCAAACGCAUUCUAAAUAAUAUACUAUAUGCGUGUACAGUACUGUAACUAUCCAACGAACUCUGUCGUCUGUCCAACAACUUGUAAUGCAAUAAUUUUGCCUUAUCACUUGAUCGUGUUUCAAACGAAUCUUGAUGCUUUUAUAGGAUAAACACCAACAAUACCUGGAUGUUAUUCAUGUAUUUGUCAAUAAAUACAACUCUACACAAUACUGUAUGAACUGGUUUCGAUCAUAAAUGUUUUUAUACAUGUACCACAUAACUGUAAUAGGACUUGCCACUAUCCUUUUAACUUUUGAGUGAUUGCAGAUAGAAACAUUUACUUCAGUGACAAUAGGGUGUCAAAUUGGUUUUGGUUGUUGGUACAAUCAUUUCCCCUUCCCGAGAUCUGAGCAUCAAUAUUGUGAAACGUCCUCAAUUUUUGUGAUGCCUCACUGUAAAUACCUUCACAAAAUAAAAAUAACGGUGAAAACCUGUAUUAAGACUUUGGUCUAUACUUCAUCAUUGCAGCUUAUUAAAGCUGACAUAAGAAGUUGAUUAUCAGGUAAUAUAUCCAACAAAGAAAAACAACUAUUAAAGAUAUUAUCUCUUUAAUAAACUUAAUUAUUAUUUAAGAAACAUUUGUUGUAAUUUGAGCACUUUCGAAACAGAGAUCUGGGUAUGGACAAUAAAUAUGGAGAGCACUCAUCCAUAUUUUUGGGGAAGGAAAAUGUUCUACCAACCAAAAUCUCAUUGUAAGCCCUAUAAAAUAUACCUGAAGUAAUAUCUGCAGUAAUUUAAAAUUUUGGAUGAAGUUCUUAAAGACUCUUAAUCAGCCGUAUAUAAGACCACUUUGUCUUACGUUGAAACUUCAUUACAUUCAGAUUGUAUUGAAAUAAUUUAACAUUGGAAACUCUUGGGAGUUUCUUUUUACUCUUAAAGAGUAUUUCAUAAUUUAACAAAGAAUUACAACAUUUAUUAUUUGAUUUGUAAUUAUGGUUUCCACCAGGGCCGGAUUUGGAAGAUACAGGCCCCUAAGUUCCACCUGUGGUGUGGGCCCUGUGUUCGUGGUUUAAGAGGGUAUGGAAUACUUUUAAUGAAAGAGGGGCCUGGGGACCCCUCCCACAGGAAAAUUUGAAAAAUUAAAUGCGAAAUGGUGAUUUAAGGGCAUUUAAGCUAAAUAUUCUGUAUUAUCUGACCUGAAAAUAUUAAUGACUCUUCAGUUUAUCAGAAUAUCGUGUUCUAUAUUAAGCAAGGCCAAAACUCUUGCCUAUCUUCUGACAUAGAGGUCUGGAGUCUGUUCUUGGUCAGCUUCACCUUAGAGAAUGAUCUUUCUGCAGAUUAAUUAGUCUUAAUCAAAGAAAGGUACAUUAUAAAAACAAUCUUUUACGUUGUUUUCCAACAUAAGUUGAUACAUCUACAUUUAUUUUAUAAUGUGAUUUUAACUUCUCAUAUUAUUCAUUUUGAAACUGGUUGGAAAAAUUCUUGAAUUGUAAAAUAUUGUUGCCCAAUUCUUCGUCUAGAUCUUCUUGUACUUGUCUACUAACGUUUUGCUUGCUGAUAACACCUCAUCAUUAGAGAGCAUGUCCAAUUUGUUGAGAAACCCAAACCUUGUAUCGUUAAGUUCAUAUGCUUGAAGCCUCUCUGUCAAUGCACCUUCAAGUUCAUCUAUGACUGUAAUGGGUCAAUGCAUCAGAUGGGGUUAGGUACAACAGUCAAGAGGAGUUAAACAAACGUUUGUUUUCCGUUUAAGUCUUGAUUCAACUUCAACUCCAUAUUCUAUACAGUAGUUGUAAUUGUGAUGCAGAUCGCCAGGCACGCACCUAUGUCACCUAUGCUUAAAUCCGGCCCUGGUUUCCACCAUUAGAUCUACUUUAUAGUUUUUUACUAUAAUUUUACUUGUAAUUUUCACACUUCAAUUACUUAUGAAUGUCUAAAUUGGUGUUGGAUGAAAAAACAGUUGUUUAUGAGAUAUUUAUGAGUGUAGUAAUUCUAAAAUACCAACUACAGUGAUCUGCACUUGCAACAAAAGCAACUUUUAAUUAUAUAUGAUUGGCUUUACACGAACUGAUAAUUUUAAUCCACAUCUUGACAAAUCUAUUUUCUUAAGUUUAUAAUGAUUACUGUGUCUGUCACUUAACAAAAAGAAUUAAUUAAAACUUUACAAAAAUUAGUUAAGUUUUGUGUGUUCAAUUUAUAAACAUGACAAACAUAUGCUACUGCAACAAUGUUUAAUUCAUUAAAUGAGAAUUAAUUUGUAUGUUAUGUUUUUAUAGGAUUAUCAGUUUAUUACGAUCUGUUCGCCGAAUAACCACUGUACCAAUUUAUCUGGUAUUGCAUGUACAUAUAACCUAUAUACUUGUAGCCUAUGGGUAGUUUUUUACUUCCCACAUUGUACCUUGACUUUAACACCAGUGUAAAUAGUGUAUCUUGUUUAAUACUCUUAGUAUAUGUUAAGUGUAUAAAUUGAAUUUUGAAAAAUAUAUCGCAAAUAAAAUUGUC